UGUCAAACAUGGCUGAAGUGCCGCCGCUGCCGCCGCUGCUGCUACCGCCGGUAGAGGGAAAAUGCUGAGCGCUCCCGGGCCGGGCGGGCGGCGGCGGCGGCGAGGGCGGCGACGGGGACUGGGUCCCGCUUUCCGGGCGCGGGGACGGCGGCGGCGAUGGCGCGCCUGGCGGACUACUUCAUCGUGGUGGGCUAUGACCACGAGAAGACAGGGUCUGCAGAAGGAAUGGGAAAAAUAAUCCAGAGGUUUCCACAGAAGGAUUGGGAUGACACACCUUUUCCACAAGGAAUCGAAUUGUUUUGUCAGCCUGGAGGAUGGCAAUUGUCCAGAGAGAGGAAGCAGCCAACAUUCUUCGUGGUUGUCCUGACAGAUAUUGACUCAGAUCGGCAUUAUUGUUCGUGUCUAACUUUCUAUGAGGCAGACAUUAACCUCCAGGGAACAAAACAAGAAGACAUUGAAGGUGAAGAGGAGGUGACUGGCUUAAUUCAGCCUGCGGAAGUAUUUGCUCCCAAAAGCUUGGUGUUGGUGUCCAGAUUAGAUUAUCCAGAAAUUUUCAGGGCUUGCCUGGGCCUGAUCUACACUGUACAUGUGGAUAGUCUGAAUUUCUCCUUGGAGAGUUUCAUUGCAAACCUCUGUGCAUGCCUUGUCCCAGCGGCUGGGGGUUCUCAGAAGCUAUUUUCCUUGGGAGCAGGAGACAGACAGCUGAUACAGACUCCUUUACAUGAUAGUCUUCCUGUCACAGGCACCAGUGUGGCUCUCCUGUUUCAACAGUUAGGAAUCCAAAAUGUCCUCAGCCUCUUUUGUGCCGUACUCACAGAAAACAAGGUUCUCUUUCAUUCCACCAGUUUCCAGAGACUUAGUGAUGCUUGCAGAGCACUAGAGUCUUUAAUGUUUCCUCUUAAAUAUAGUUAUCCUUAUAUCCCUAUUCUUCCGGCUCAAUUAUUGGAAGUUCUGAGUUCACCAACACCUUUCAUUAUUGGAGUUCAUUCUAUCUUUCGUACUGAAGUCCAUGAACUUUUAGAUGUAAUCAUUGCUGAUUUGGAUGGAGGCACUAUUAAAAUCCCUGAAUGUAUUCACCUGUCUCCACUCCCAGAACCACUGUUACAUCAGACACAAACGGCCCUUUCUCUGAUUUUGCACCCAGAUCUAGAAGUGGCAGAUUAUGCAUUUCCUCCACCACGGACAGCUCUAUCACACUCAAAAAUGCUAGAUAAAGAGGUGCGGGCAGUUUUCCUUAGAUUAUUUGCACAGCUUUUCCAAGGCUACAGGUCUUGCCUACAGCUUAUCAGAAUCCAUGCAGAGCCAGUCAUACACUUUCAUAAGACAGCUUUCUUAGGACAGCGUGGUUUGGUUGAAAACGAUUUCCUCAUUAAAGUGCUUAAUGGAAUGGCAUUUGCAGGCUUUGUGUCAGACAGAGGACCUCCAUACAGAUCCUGUGAUCUCUUUGAUGAGUUGGUAGCCUUUGAAGUGGAGCGAAUUAAAGUUGAAGAGAGUAACCCUUUGAAAAUGAUAAAGCAUAUCAGAGAACUUGCAGAGCAGCUAUUCAAAAACGAAAAUCCAAAUCCUCACAUGGCAUUCCAGAAAGUUCCACGCCCCACAGAAGGUUCACACUUACGAGUUCACAUACUUCCCUUCCCGAAGAUUAAUGAGGCCAAGGUUCAGGAGCUGAUACAGGAAGGUCUUGCAAAGAACCAGCUUGCACCUCCUACUUCUCGAGUGGAAAAGAAAUGUGUUGUGCCAGCAGGCCCACCUGUUGUUUCAAUCAUGGAUAAGGUGACAACAGUCUUCAACAGUGCUCAAAGACUGGAAGUUGUUAGAAACUGCAUCUCCUUCAUAUUUGAAAAUAAAGUAUUAGAAACUGAAAAGACUCUUCCUGCUGCAUUGAGAGCCCUCAAGGGAAAGGCAGCACGACAGUGUCUUACCUAUGAAUUGGGUUUGCAUGUGCAGCAGAACCGGGCCAUCCUAGAUCAUCAGCAGUUUGACUACGUUGUGAGGAUGAUGAACUGCACUCUACAGGACUGUUCAACCUUAGAAGAAUAUAACAUUGCAGCAGCAUUACUGCCUUUGACAAGUGCUUUCUAUAGGAAACUCGCCCCUGGAGUCAGUCAAUUUGCUUAUACCUGUGUGCAGGACCACCCCAUAUGGACUAAUCAACAGUUUUGGGAGACCACAUUUUACAAUAAUGUGCAAAAUCAAGUUCGCUCCCUAUACCUCUCAGCCAAGGAAGACAAUCAUUCAACACACUUGAAGCAAAAGGACAAAAUUCUGAAAAGCACUGACCAGGAGAAGACUGCAAUGGACCUGGCCGCAGAGCAACUGCGGUUGUGGCCCACACUGAGCAAAGAGAUGCAGCAAGAGCUGGUGCAAAAGGAGGAAAGUACAGUCUUCAGUCAGGCAAUCCACUUUGCAAACCUCAUGGUCAACCUGCUGGUACCACUAGACACAAGUAAAAACAAACUCCUGAGAACGUCCGCCACUGGAGACUGGGAGAGUGGAAGCAACAGCAUUGUCACAAACAGCAUUGCAGGAAGUGUUGCCGAGAGCUAUGACACAGAGAGUGGCUUUGAGGACUCUGAGAACAGUGAUAUCGCCAAUUCUGUUGUGCGUUUCAUAACCCGGUUUAUUGAUAAAGUUUGCACCGAGAGUGGGGUUACUCAGGAUCACAUCAAGAGCCUUCACUGCAUGAUACCAGGAAUUGUAGCAAUGCACAUUGAGACCCUGGAGGCUGUUCAUCGAGAGAGUAGAAGGCUCCCCCCAAUACAGAAGCCUAAGAUUCUAAGACCCGCCCUGCUUCCAGGAGAAGAAAUAGUUUGUGAAGGCCUCCGUGUGCUACUCGAUCCCGAUGGAAGAGAGGAAGCCACAGGAGGGCUUCUGGGAGGUCCCCACAUCCUCCCCGCAGAAGGAGCUCUGUUUCUUACCACAUACAGAAUUAUAUUUAAAGGCACCCCUCAUGAUCAGCUAGUUGGUGAGCAGACGGUUGUUCGGAGCUUCCCCAUAGCAUCCAUCACCAAGGAGAAGAAGAUCACCAUCCCAAACCAGCUGCAACAGAACAUGCAGGAGGGGAUGCAGAUCACUUCGGCCUCCUUCCAGCUGAUCCAAGUGGCUUUUGAUGAAGAAGUGAGCCCCGAGGCGGUGGAAAUCUUUAAGAAGCAGCUGAUGAAGGCCCGCUACCCUCCAUCCAUCUUCAGCACCUUUGCAUUCGCUGCUGGCCAGGCUGUUCCACAGGUCAUCUUACCCAAGCAGAAAGAGAAGAACACUUCUUUCCGCACUUUUUCAAAAACAAUAGUGAAAGGUGCCAAACGAGCAGGGAAAAUGACCAUUGGUCGCCAGUAUUUAUUGAAGAGGAGAACAGGAACAAUUAUGGAAGAGCGAGGAAAUCGUCCUGGAUGGAAUGAAGAGGAUGACAUCUCUGUUUCAGAUGACAAUGAACUACCCACAAGUGCAACCUUGAAGGCUUCUGAAAAAUCAACAAUGGAACAGUUAGUGGAACGUGCCUGUUUCCGAGACUAUCAACGUUUAGGUCUGGGAACCAUAAGUGGCAAUUCUUCCCGCUCAAAAACCGAGUAUUUUAGAAUCACUGCUUCAAACCGGAUGUAUUCUCUCUGCCGCAGCUACCCAGGGCUUUUAGUGGUACCUCAAGCUGUCCAGGACAGUAGCUUAUCAAGAGUGGCUCGCUGCUAUCGGCAAAAUCGCCUGCCUGUUGUCUGCUGGAAAAACACCAAAACCAGUACCCUGCUGCUUCGAGCUGGUGGAUUCCAUGGAAAAGGAGUCGUUGGGCUUUUCAAAUCUCCAAAUCCUCAUUCUACAGCUCCCACCUCCUCUUUGGAAACAUCAAGUAGUAUAGAACAGGAAAAAUACUUGCAAGCUUUACUGAAUGCGAUUUCAGUUCAUCAGAAACUCAGCGGCAGCAACACACUCACUGUCAGGCCAGCGCUUGCUCUGUCUCCAGGCUCUGAGCGAAAGACUUCAAGAAUGUCCACUGUGCUCAAGCAGGUAGUGCCAGGACAUUUGGAUGUAAAUCCAUCCAAUAGCUUUACCCGAGGAGGUGUCUGGGCCAGCCUUCGCUCCAGCAAUCGCUUUAUCACCUCUCCAGCAUCCUUCAUUGAUGUUGGCGCCCGACUUGCAGGCAAAGAUCACCCAGCAUCCUUCAGUAACAGUGCCUACUUACAGAAUCAGCUCCUGAAGCGCCAAGCUGCCUUGUACAUAUUUGGCGAAAAAUCACAGCUAAGGGGUUUCAAAUUAGAAUUUGCUUUAAACUGUGAGUUUGUUCCUGUUGAAUUCAAUGACAUCCGACAAGUGAAAGCCAGCUUUAAAAAGCUGAUGAGGGCUUGUGUCCCCAGCUCUAUUCCUACUGAUUCUGAAGUGACGUUCCUCAAGGCACUAGGAGACUCCGAAUGGUUCCCACAGCUCCACAGGUUACUGCUGCUGGCUGUGGUUGUAGCUGAAGUGCUGGAGAGCGGCUCCUCUGUCCUGGUCUGUUUGGAAGAUGGCUGGGAUAUCACCACUCAGGUGGCAUCCCUCGCCCAGCUGCUCAGCGACCCAUUUUACCGGACUCUGGCAGGCUUCCGGAUGCUAGUGGAGAAAGAGUGGCUCUCUUUUGGCCAUAAAUUCAGUCAGAGGAGCAACCUGACCUUCAACUGUCAAGGCAGUGGCUUUGCUCCCAUCUUCUUACAGUUCUUGGACUGUGUGCACCAGGUUCACAAUCAGUAUCCAACAGAAUUUGAAUUCAAUCAGUAUUACCUAAAAUUCCUGGCUUUCCACUACGUCUCCAAUCGUUUUAAAACCUUUCUUCUGAACUCGGACCAUGAGCGAUUAGAGCAUGGAACACUGUUUGAAGAUAAAGGAGACAAGCAUGCCAAAAAGGGAAUUUGCAUUUGGGAAUGUAUUGAGAGGAUGCACAAGAGGAGUCCCAUUUUUUUUAAUUACUUAUAUGCACCAGUGGAAACAGAGGUACUAAAGCCCAGUAUAAAUGUGUCCAGCCUCAAGAAAUGGGAUUAUUACAUGGAAGAAACACUGUCCACGGGGCCCUCUUAUGACUGGACAAUGCUCACUACAAAAUCCACACCUUCCGAAGACACAGACCAAGCAGACGGAAGCAGGCCACAGAGCCAGAGGAGAAUAGUGUGGCCAUGCUAUGAUGAUGUCAGUAAGGUGCAGCCAGAUGCAAUCACUAGCCUCUUCAACGAAAUUGAAAGGUUAGAACACAAAUUGAACCAAACCCCAGAAAGGUGGCAGCAGCUAUGGGAAAGAGUGAGCGUGAAUCUUAAGGAAGAUACAAGACAAGACCAACCCCAGAGACACCCUUCUAGCUCCUCAGGAAUUGUGACUACCAACUUGCACUCCUAUCAGAAGAGAUCUCUGCUUCAUCUUCCUGACAGUGGCCUAGGGGAAGAACAAAAUGCCAGCAUCCCCCCAUCCAAUGGAGUGGACCGGAGGGCAGCCACACUCUACAGCCAGUUUGCUUCCAAGAAUGAUGAGAACAGGUCUUUUGAGGGGACGCUCUACAAACGAGGAGCUCUGCUGAAAGGCUGGAAGCCCCGCUGGUUUGUGCUGGAUGUGACAAAGCAUCAGUUGAGAUACUAUGAUUCUGGUGAGGACACAAGCUGUAAAGGGCACAUUGACUUAGCUGAAGUGGAAACCAUCAUCCCAGCAACCCCAACCAUGGGCGCCCCAAAGCAUGCCAGCGACAAAGCCUUUUUUGAUCUGAAGACCAGCAAACGCGUGUAUAACUUCUGUGCCCAGGACUCACAAAGUGCCCAGCAGUGGAUGGAUCGGAUCCAGAGCUGUAUUUCUGAUGCCUGACCAGAGCCCCCUCCAGGACAUGGAGCAAGAGGGAGGCCUUUGGCUGCACCAAUAGGAAGAGUCACAGGAGAGACUUUGGGGAACACUGGUACCAAGGAUAUAGCUCUCUCUCCCCUUGAGACAGAAUCAGUCUUGAGCCAGCCUCCCUUACUGUGUAGAUCUCUAGUCUAACUCGCGUACCCCGGUUGUGUUUGUCACGUGGAGCCUCAGUAUGAAGGCAGCCAGGGGCCUGCUUGGGUUUGCACCAAGCUGUACUGAUGGGGCAGUGUAGACAGCCCAUCCUCCUUAUAGAGAAGGCUGAGGCCAUGACAGCAUUCUGGGGCCAGCCCAGCGGGACCUGAUAGCCUGCUGUCACCAUUCUGAACACCGUUUGCCUGGGUCGGUCUCUACUUGGCAGAGCUGAUGGUUUUACAAACAAAAGUAGAAAACUCUAGUGCCAUCCAUUCAUAGUUGGAGCAGUGAUUGCCAGCAGACCUGACGCAGACAUUUCACAGGCAACAUCCCACAGCCGGCUGCUGGCUCUGCCAGGUGUGGGCUGUUUUCAGAACGUGCUGAGGUUUCCAGAUUUGGUGGGACUGAAGGAAGAGACAAACCAUGUGACCUUGCCAAGGGAUUUGACCUCUGGGGAAAUGGGAGAAAAAUUAGUCUUCAAAUGUAUGGACUCUAAAAGAAAUUGCUUUCCCAAGGCUGAAAGAAAGAAUGCUCAUUGUGUGCUCUUCUGCUCACUCUCAACUUAUAUUCACAAAGUAACACAAGGAUAAAUGCACUAAACAAUAAAGCAAGCAUGGGGCCCGGAAAUCCUCCCAGUGCAGCCAUGUGGGCAGGCAGGAGUGUGCUGCCAUGUCCCGCCAUGUGCCUCCAAACCAAGCCUGUCUGAAAGAAGGGGACAGGAAAGAGAGGCAAAGGCCCAGGAGGGUCAUCACAGGCUGGGGGGUGGAAUUGGAUACUGAAGGCAACAGUUUUUGCACAUAAAUUGUAAGAACAAUUUUAGAUUUUUACAUUUGAAAACAUUGUGUUCAUUAAACUAAAAGCUACAGAGCAGACACCCUUUCCCUUGUCAGCAGGGAGCUAGAGCAUCGUGUCUUGUUUGGAAAUGUUAAUAUGUGAAAUAUCAGACUAAUAUUUCAAAGAAUAUGUAUAUAUGAUUUAGUACAUUCUGAUUUUUCAGACAUCCUGCUUGUAAUUUAAUAUAAAACUAACCAAACUGAUUCACUCAUAGGAUUUUGGUUGUUCAGUGGGUCCUUUUUCUAAGAAAAACCACUCUCUUCGGGGGUUAAAGAAUAAAAGUAAAAUGUCCAACUUCAAACUGUAUACAUACCAGGAAAAAAAAGAGUUGUCUGAAUAUCUAAGGAAUUGGGGGGAGGGUGGGAGACAAUAGGAAUGAAGGACUUUUCUAUCAUUUUCAAUUUAUACACUUCCACCUGUGAAAAUGGCCAUUGCACAUCAUUUGUAUUUUUCUUUGUAUAUGAAGUACUUUUUUAUGUACUUUGUAAGAUAUGGACCCCAUCAUUUCAUAGGUUGAAACUGUGCACAACACUCUUUGGUAAUGAGGUUAUUUUAACAAUUUUAUGUAGGUGUGACAUGACUUUAUAACCAUCUUGUAAUAAACAUACUUCUUAAAAAA